AUCGCCGGUCGAGACCUGUGCUUUCAGGUAAAAACCGGAAACCGAACAGCAAGAAAGUCUUUUUUUCCUUUACCUAAACCCUUAAGUAUUUUGCUUUGCCCUACCCGCCACCGCCACCGCUACCCUCUUCCUUCUCUAUCAUUCGGCUUUAUAUGGAAGAGCGCACCGCCAUCCUCGGCUAAUCUGGAUCAAACGAGUUGUUUAAUCGAUUGCUGUAAAACUUGUUAUUUUCUUCUUCCUCAAUAAUUAUUUGUAGCAGAGAUUGUUGCUGCAACUUUUCGAAUCGAAGCUCUGUCACAGCCACCCUCCUUUCUCUAAAUCUUGCUGCCCUACCCGCCACACUCCUUUCUCUAAAUUUUCUUGCGCGACAAAUCCAACCCUUUAUUUGUAGAAGAGAUUGUUGCUCAGAACUCUGCAGAACAGAAGAUGAUAUCGGCUGUUUCGUGGGUUCCUAAAGGGGUUUGUAAGCCUCUUCCAGUAGCGGCCGACCCUCCUUCCAAGGAAACUAUUGACGAACUACUCAAGAGCAAGGAUGUCUUGGAAGAGGAUUCCAGCAAACAUAGCGAGGAUGAGGUAGAUGAAGAAGAUAUGGAUGUUGAAGACGCCAAUGAUGAAGAGAUUGCUAAUGCACUAGCUGUUGCACAAGCACUUGGAAAAUCUUCCGAGACCACAAAGUCAGAAACCAAAUAUGACGAUAUCGCUGAAGGUUUGAAGGAACUUGACAUGGACCAUUAUGAUGAUGAAGAUGAUGAAAUUGAGUUAUUUACCUCCGGGGCUGGAGACCUCUACUACAAAUCUAAUGAUAUGGACCCAUAUCUCAAGGACGAGGAUGAUGAUGACUCUGAAGAUCUUGAGGAUGAGACUAUCAAACCAACAGAUGCGGUCAUAGUUUGUGCAUGUAAUGAAGAUGACGUCAGCGCUCUCCAGGUGUGUAUAUGUGAAGGAUAUGAUGCAGGUGAUCCUAACUUCUAUAUUCACCAUGAGAUAAUUAUUCCAGCAUUUCCUCUUUGCACUGCUUGGCUAGACUGUCCUCUGAAGGGUGGAGAAAGAGGGAACUUUAUUGCAGUUGGUUCAAUGGAACCUGCGAUCGAGAUAUGGGACCUUGACAUUAGGGACGAGGUGCAACCAUGUGUUGUGUUAGGUGGAAUUGCUGAGAAGAAGAAGAAGAAGAAUAAGAAGAAGGAAAAGAAAACAUUAAUUACAUACAAAGAGAACAGCCACACGGAUUCAGUACUUGGACUUGCUUGGAACAAGGAAUAUAGGAAUAUACUUGCUAGUGCAAGUGCCGAUAAGCAAGUCAAGAUUUGGGACGUAUCUACUGAGAAAUGUAAUAUAACUAUGCAGCAUCAUACAGACAAGGUCCAAGCUGUCGCAUGGAAUUAUCAUUCGUCACAAGUUCUCCUUAGUGGAUCUUUUGAUCAUUCAGUAGUUUUGAAAGAUGGGAGGAAUCCUUCCCAUUCAGGUUACAAGUGGCUAGUUACAGCAGAUGUGGAGAGCUUGGCAUGGGAUCCACAUACAGAGCACAUGUUUGUGGUGAGUCUAGAGGAUGGUACAGUGAAAGGUUUUGACAUCCGGAAUGCCACCACAGAGACUAGUUCUGAAUCAAAAGCAAGUUUUACUCUCCACGCGCAUGAGAAAGCUGUGUGCUCCGUUGCUUACAAUCCCGCGGCACCUAAUCUACUUGCAACUGGAUCCACUGACAAAAUGGUUAAAUUAUGGGACUUGUCCAAUAAUGAACCUUCAUGUGUGGCAUCCACGAAUCCUAAAGCAGGAGCUGUGUUUUCGCUUUCCUUCUCAGAAGAUUGCCCCUUUUUUAUGGCUAUUGGAGGCUCCAAAGGCAAAUUGGAGGUGUGGGAUACAUUGUCUGAUGCUGCAGUCUCUCGGAAGUUUGGAAAUUACAGGCAGCCGAAAUCUUAAAUUGUUAAUUUAUGGAGUCAUCAUAUAAAUGUAGUUGAGAAAUAUUUGGUCGUGUAGGUAGUUUUGGGUUUUUUUAUUUUUAUUUUUUUGACAUGUGGGCUUUGUCCAAAUUUUGAAGUUGUUUGAGUUUGUUACUGUUUCCAUUCCCUGUAUUUUCUUGUGGCUGGGCGUUCGUAAACUUGCUGAGUAUAUAUACCCCCCACCUUUGAAUUUGUUGGA